AUGUUGAGACGAACCUCUCUUGUGCACGGGCUGGCACGGUCUGCAAUCCCACGACGUACUGUAACUCUUCUUCCGUCCACGACUCGCGCAUUCUCGGAAGACAAAGGCAAAAGAGCGGUAGAUGAACUCAUACCCGAACGCAAACCGGGUUGGCUAGCGCGCAAAGUAUUGGAAUCUCCACAAAACCGCGACUUGUUCCUAAAACUCACCAAUGCGCUCGGAUAUGGAACACCGAAAAGCAAAGCUCAGAUUAGGACGUUCGUCCUUUACGAGAGGGUUUGCUCUAUAAAGGCGGACGAAGAGAAGGACUUCUGGCACAACGAAUGCGCACUCCCCCCUACGUUCCAGUCAUGGUUCACUGUGACUGCGCUGCACAUCUGGAUGCUCACCGUUCGUUUCCGUGCCCUGCCACCUGCGUAUGGAAGGCGGUUUGAAGACUGCAUCGUGGACCAUUUCUUCCAAGACGCCGAAGACCGAGUUCGCGCCAUCAUGCAGCCGAGCCAUGACCAUAAACCAUACAUCUUCGAAUCCAAAUUCUACGUGAAUCCCAACGCCCCCAAGACCACAGACAAGAAGGAGCGCCUGAGUCGUGCCCCGGAUCGGCUGGUCACACAGCAGCUCAAGAUACUCAAGGAGCAGUGGACUGGUUUUGCCCUUGCUCUCGAUCUUGGUCUUAUCAAAGGCGACAUGGUCAUGGCUGGGGCGGUCUGGCGCAAUCUGCUCGGCGCCCGUGGUGCUUCCGGCAUCGCAUUUGCAGAUGAUCCUUCUUCGCCUGCAUUUAGACGCACAGUGAAUCUCAUCGGGGGACUCGUGGUCAAUCCCGCAAAGCUCGACUUCUCAAAAGAAGCAGUGACAGAUGACAAUUCCGGGGUGCACGAUUUCGCACCUGAGGACUGCGACAAAUAUCUUGCGUAUCCCGAGCUGAUGCUGACUGUGGUGCGAUAUAUCCGACGAGAGUUGGUGCGACUGGAAAAUGUCACAGACAAGGACAUUGUGGAUAUGGACUGGCCAGAGCUGCAUUUUGGUCGCAUUAGUAGAGAAUGAAGAUCCUUGUCGGCUGGGAAAGCAUUGUAAUCGAUCGGCAUGUC